AUGGCAACAUCUACACAGGAUGGCCCUUCAACCCAAGUCCACAGGAGAGUUUGGUAUAGAACAACCAUGUUCAACUUGACUGUUGUUUCUGCCUGUGCUUUUAUCGCGCCGGGAUUAUGGGCAGCGAUGAAUGGGUUAGGAGGAGCGGGUUCAGCAGACCCUUAUUACGUGAAUUCCGCCAACUCGGUCAUAUUCUGCCUCCAAUUUCUGGUUUGUAUUUUUGGAAGCUCUAUAAUUGCUAACAUCGGCCUCAAAUGGGCUUUUGCUUUCGGCAUGGUUGGCUUCCCCGUAUAUGCCGCUAGCAUCUACUGCAAUGUCAAGUACAACAAUACCUGGUAUAUAAUGUUCGCCUGUGUUAUCGAUGGAAUUUCCUCCGGCAUCUUCUGGCUCACCGAAGGAGCCAUUGUAUUGGCAUACCCAGAGAAACAUCGACGUGGCAAGUACCUUGCGUAUUGGCUCGCCAGCCGGAUUGUUGGCCAGAUGGUCGGUGGGUUUGUUACAGUUGGUGUGAAUGCCGGAAAUGCCGAAAAGGGACACAUAAGCGUCCAGACAUAUCUGGUAUUUAUCUCUAUCCAGUCUAUAGGGCCAUUUGUUGCCACUAUGCUGUCGCCACCGGAAAAAGUCCAGCGGGCGGACAUGACCCCUGUGGUUGUGAACAUUCCCAAGUCUCUCAAGACUGAACUUAUUGCUAUGUGGCACUUGCUGUGCCGCAGGGAAAUUAUUCUACUCCUACCAAUGAUCUUUCAAAGUGUCUUCUCGGAAGCAUUUUUUUCAACAUACAACGCGACAUACUUCACGGUUCGUGCACGAGCUUUGACUUCGCUCGUAGCUAGCACAUGUGUCAUCAUCUCCAACUUUGCACUUGGCUUUUUCCUUGAUUGGAGGAAACCUAGCAUAAACAUGCGGGCAAAAGCUUCAUUCUCCUUUAUCUACGCCUUUGAGAUGUCUCUCUACAUUUACGCCAUGAUCGUAACUAAAGAUUACGAAAGCCGUGCUGAUGCACCUGUUUUGGACUGGGUAGACUCAGGGUUUGGUCGUGGAGCAUGCGUGUACAUUUUGAUGCUCGUAGGCUUCAAUUUGAUGUAUGACUAUCUCUACUGGCUAAUUGGAACUAUCAACCGAGAUGGAGGGGACAUCAUCCGUCUGAGUGCUGUUGUGCGAGGUGUCGAAAGUUGUGGCCAGGCCAUAUCAUACGGUAUUAAUUCAAUUGACCAGGCUCGAUUUCCUCUGUCGGGUGCCGUCGCCGUCAAUCUAUCAUUCUUUGCUGCGUGUAUUAUCCCGUCGGCGUUUGUUAUUUGGGAAGUCGGAAUAAUCAAUGAGGUCAAAGUGCACAGCAUUGUGCAAGAUGAGAUUGACGACGCUGCUGCAAUGACCGAGGCCGCUGGUCCUCUCACAACGGAAAUUUGGAAUGAAAAUGGCCCAAAGUCGGAUGAUUAG